AUUUUGAGCAAGAAGUUGAAUUUUUAGGUGGAAAAUGACAAAAAACCGAUCAAAACCGCCAUCUAGUGGAAAGGCGGGAAAGGACGGCGAUGAUGGUAAAAAGAAAACAGACACGGAUUCGAAUAAAAAGGGAAAGGGUAAAGAGAAAAACUCACCUUCAUCACCCAAGUCUAAAUCUCGGUCCGAUUCUGCUAGAAAGCGGUGGGGAAUACCAGUAAAAGCAUGGGACGCAACACUAGCUAAACUUCAAAUUCAGCUCAACAUUGGGGACAAAGCUGAAACGCCCGAGCCAAUAAUAACAGAAACCACUAAGAAGAAAACCUACUGUAUCAAGAAAUAUGAGAAGGUCAUUAAAAGAUCCGAAAUGGCAUACGUGGUACGCAGAGGAGCACUUAAUGAUGCAGAUAUAGUUGUAUGGAUGCCAGAAAAACUGGAUGGUCUGAGAUUUGCUAACGGUUUACCAGUCUCUCAUAGUAUAUUGGGAAGCAUAGCAGAUUAUCUGGCAGCAGAUAAUGAACAUAAACGCGAUGAAGAGAGCAAGACGGACAGGUUCGAUAACUCUAGCGCCUUGCCAGAAACUCAAUCCAGAACCCGAGCAGCGGGUACUUUGGAUUUGGAAUAUCUGACCAGCUAUAAACUCGACCAAGGCAAAGCAUUGGAAGCGUGGGAAGCAGAGAACAUACAAAGACAAAUACUCGGUGAUACCAUUGCUCGAAAAUCUAAACGCCCAACAGGUGACCUUCUUAUGGGCAACCAUCCUUAUAGGGUCGCAAACGGACAGCCACAAGAAUAUCAUGAUUUUGAAAGUGCAUGGAAGUCUGAAAUCAGAGCAACUCAACCAAACGGUUUUUGGAAGCAAGAGGAACGACUUGGUGACGAUCUGAGAGGGAUCCACUUCUCUCUUACGAAGACAGAAAGAGGAAUAGCUGCCGACCCGGAAGUAGUUUAUCGACCGGGAUCAGGUCGUCUGAACCAAAAUGACGCCAUUUUGGAUUUGACUGUGAAAAAUGGAAUGUCAUCAAGAGUUUCUGAUAACACUCUGAAUAUUGAACAUCCAAGUCCUCUCAUUUCCCCAUUACCUGAAAUAAUAGAAAUCGACAGCGUAGAGCCCAUUAUAGCAAUUGGUGAUCAGAUUUUAACCUGGAGUACCCGGGACUCUGUAGUUGAUUUGGAACUAGGAAUAUUAACAGCUCCUGGUGAGACGAAGAGGGGAAGGUUGACGAUCGUAAAUAUUGGAAGCUGUGUCAUUCGUUUCGAACUGUUUAAAAUCCCAAAAGCUGAAGAUCCGGAGAUCACGAUUUCCAGAAGAGCUCGGGAUAAGAUGGGUCUUUUCCUUGACGAUUCACCGGGAAUCAUUCUGCCAGGCGAUUAUAAAAAUGUAUCAGCAAUAUUCCAUUGUCAUCGGGCAGCCAUUUUUUCAGAACAGUGGCGCCUUGUUACGGCUCCUAUAUUGGCAAGGGAAAUAACACUAACUGUUUGGGGUAUUGCUAAAGAUCUGAGACAGCUGGGACAAGACGGUGAUGAAAUCGAUAGAGAGAUCGAAGACAAAUGUCAGUCAAGCUUUGUACAAAAUAUUCUAGAUGGAGUAAUAGACCGGAUGUUUUGGGAACCUCCACCGAAAAGAACAGAAGGAUUUCCUGAACAUGUCGAUCCAAAAUGGUUCAAAUCCAUAACUGGUAGAGAUUUAUUCGCUUCAACCAAUCCUGGCCAUUUCUAUCGUAGUGAAACCGUCGCUAAGAUAAUUGAAAUAGCCGAAUUAUCACUUCCGGAAAAUAAAUUCGAUAAAUGGUCACUUCCGGUUAGCACCAUUAGACAAUCGUUGCUAUAUAUGCAAGAAGAAGUGAAACUCCAAAAGCAAGUAGUUCUCAAAAAUGAGAUUGCCAAUGCUUUUAUGACGUAUGUCGGCGAUUUAACGCAUGGUGUCGAUUUCCCUGUAACAAACCGGAAGUACGCCAUGUGUAAGCUGCUGCUUUUGAAAGUCUGUAACAAUAUCUGCGAUAUAGCUUCGCGGAUCAAAAAAGCUCACGGAAUUACUCUGGAUAUGGAUUUUGAAAUAGAAUUUUCCAAAGACGACCCUAGGUCACAAACAGAUGGUAGGCCUAAUACGCCGGCUAAAAAUCGCACCAAAACUCCCCCGAAAAGCCCUUCGCGUGAUUCCAAAACUAAAAAGAAACAUACUUCUAGAGACAGCUCGACUCCUAGUUCACCAACAAGCCCGAAAUCCUCAAGGUUUGGAAAACUUGUGAAAGGAAUUAGUGCAGCCAUGAAAUCCCAGUACAAACAUCGAGCUCGACCUAUAAUGUAUAUGAAAUAUCUGGAAAAGUUACAUAUCAGCGCAUAUAUCAUUGUCAAAAACUACAUUUACACUAUCUCUGGCUUUCUUGCAGAUUUACCCGAGGAAUCACAGACGUCUGAUUGA